AUGUCCGCUCCUACUGAAGAAGACAUUGCAUGGUUCAGGUCUACGUUUCGGCCGAUUCCUAAACCUCAGCUCCCGGAUGACUGUGUGGAGUAUUCUCUGUACUGGAUUCCGUCAACAAGCGGCUCCUCUAGCGAUAUAGACGCAUCAGACUCAACCCGAAGUUCUCUGAUUCAAGUGCAGAAGUAUGUGUCAGGAUUAGUAAAACAGUAUUUGAAGAACUACAUCUGGCAAAGGGAUAGUUUCAAGAUUGAACUGAUAAAGGAAGAUGGGAUACAUUUGCUUCGCGGCAGAACCGAGUAUGGAGAUUCGAUCGAAGAUGAAUGGGUCAUUGUAUACCUCCUGCGCGAGGCUUCCCGAAAGUUUGAUAACCUCUGGGUGAAGCUGACGGACAGCGAUGGUGAAUUCCUGCUAGUAGAAGCCGCGGCAGCAUUGCCUGCGUGGUUAGAACCUGAAAUUGCAGAUAAUCGGGUCUGGAUCAACAAGGGGGAGCUAGUUAUCAUCAAGCCUGGAGCCCCUACAGCUACUACAGGAAAGAAAGUUACCCUUGGAAAACUAACCUUCCGGGGCGCAAGGGAUAUCAUCAUCACUGAACCCAAACAGCUGAUGCGGUCGCCCACAAUUGGGGAGGAGGCUUUUUAUAGGCUCCGGAACUACCCAGAUCAAAUUGAGAACAAUUUGCAUUCAUCCCUGGUUACCGUACCGCGUAAAAUCGCACAUUUACUGCGGACCAAGCCGGGUUAUAUAUCUUCGGCUAUAGAAGCAUUUUACCUCCGGGAUCCCAUUGCAUUACGUCCGCUGCAGGGUAAAGAUUCGAACCCCCUGGUAUUUGAACCGGCAGAUUUCGUCACAGUAAGUGCCAAAUUCACAAAAGUUGGGUUUGCACAGUUGAAAAGCCAGGAUUUCCCAGCACCAGUAAAAUGGAAGGGCCGUGUUCCUGAGACCAACAAUUUAAAAGACUCUGAGCGUGUCGAAAUGGGGAUGAAGUUAUCUUGUGGUUUUGAAAUGCUACUUUCUGACCCCCAGAACCGAGAUAAGAAAUAUGUGCGAGAAAUGAAACUUAUUCUCGAAGACGUUGACACUGGGGAAGAGGCUCUUCCCACAGACAAGGAAAUAAAAGGCUGGGAUAUGAAAGAUGACGACGAAUCCUGGCUUGACAUUAGCUUCGAAGACCUUGAAGGUGAGCUAAAAGGAAGAAGUGGCAGAGGAGAGGCGAAGAAGGGUGGCGACUUUGGCGACAAAGCUGCCCAAGAGAACCUGCAGAGAAUAGUCUCGAAAUUUGAAGAAUUCCUCAAUGAUGAUACUGCUGGCUACGAUGGAGCAGAUCUUAUUAACGAAUUCGGAUCGGAUGACAGUGAUGAUGAUGAUGACGACGAGUUCAGUAGCGACGGCGAGGACAAAGAGGCUUCCUUUGAUGAAGAGGAAUUUUCAAGGAUGAUGAAGGAAAUGAUGGGCAUGCCACCUGCCUCGAAUAAGGCGUCUUCAUUUAGGCCGAAACGCAUCCAAGAUAUUGACGGGGAAUCCAGUGAUAGUGUUGAUGAUUCGGGCGAAAUCGAAGACAUGUCUAAAAAGAUGGAGGCAGAGCUACGGCAAGCUGGGUUCUUUGAGCAAUUCAAUUCCAAGAAAGCUAUCAAGGGGAAGGCUCCUAUAAGGGGCGAUGAUAUUGACAGAGCCCGUAAGGAGGAAAGUGACGAGGAGGAGGAACUUGACGAGACUGGAAUCGACAUCAAUCUCGCAAGGAACCUGCUUGAAAGUUUCGGAAGUCAGGGUGGCGCUUCUGGUCCUGGGAGCAACAUGCUGGGUAUGAUGGGAAUGAAAUUGCCAAAAGAUGACCGGAAAUGA